CAAAGGGGGAGUCAAAGAGGAAGUUGCCAUAAAAGCCGGGAGUCUGAUCUGGAAAACACAGCCAAGCUCAGGCCUCAGGUUGGUUACCAGAGGAUCUGCUUCUGGUUGCCCUGAACCAGGCUACAGCUUCCGUGGGAUCCCUGCCAGGGACACUGAAAGCCUCCAGAAUGGCAGCAUUGAUUCUUUCCAGAGCCGGAGUCAAGACUGUGGCAGCUGUGAUAGGAGGAGUCGUGUCUGUGGCGUCCGUGCCCACCGUGCUGGGCGCCGUGGGCUUCACUGGGGCCGGAAUCGCUGCCUCCUCGCUAGCAGCCAAGAUGAUGUCCUCUGCUGCCAUCGCCAAUGGGGGUGGCAUCGCCGCUGGCAGCCUGGUGGCGACACUGCAGUCCGUGGGAGCAGCAGGACUCUCGCUGUCAACCAAGAUCAUCCUGGGCUCCCUGGGCUCUGUGCUUACGUUCCUGAGCUUCUAAGAGUUUCCCUCCUCUCUGCCUGCAAAGAAGAGGACGGCGCUCCUCCGCC